CCUUGGCCUAGAGCAUGUCAUCAUGACCACCUCUGUAAGACAGCCUGAAAAUAAGUUUAGACAGUCUAGUGUGACAGUGAUGUUUUUACAUAUUAUACCAGAACAAGCCAUUCCAUGUUGUUAAUGUAGGUUUCAUGGAACAGGCAAUUUGGGAUAACAUGUUUCAGUUCAGCAAUCUCGUAACUCCAAUUGGGCCACUAGGUGUGUCCUGGGAGAUUACUACCUUCUGUCCACUCACUGGGCUCUGUUUCUGUCCUGCAUACUGUUUUGACUGAGGAAAACCCAUAUAGUGCAUUAUUAUAGAGCUCCAAGUGAUUUGCUGCAAUAUAAUGAAAUCUUUUAUAAUUUAUGGAAUGAGGCAAGAGCUUAGGUACUGUAAAAUAGUCUAACAAUUGCAGUAAGGUUCAUCUAUUCUGCCAAGAAAAAAAAAAACCUAAGCGUGUAAGGUAUAUUAUAUAGUCAGAUCUGAAAUUAGAAGUUUGCAGACAUAUGUCUCUCUGACACUCUCUCUUUCUCUCAUACACACAUGUUAAUCAUAUCAGAAGCAUUUAUUUGUUAUAAUAAUUAGCAUUGUAUGAUAGAUUUGUUAUGAUAUCAAAUAGCCAGAAUGCCUUUAGGGGCACAUUAAAUUUAUGCAUAAUAGGUUAUUUGCUACAUAAUGGAAAACAAGUGGUUACAAUGAUGCUAAAAUUUCAUUUAAGUACUGUGUUACAUUGAUCAACCUUUUAGAUCAGGGGUGUCAAACUCGCGUGGUCAUGGUGUUGUCAUGUGACAUGUCACGACUUCCCCCCCUUCGCUAAACUGGGCAUGGACGUGGCCAGCGCUUGAUGCAUCAGGCCCACGGAACAUGAGUUUGGCACCCCUGACCUAUAGUAAUCAAAUCACUUUGAAGAUAAUUUUAUUUGUAUGCUUACAAGCAAUAAUACUGGGUUCCUAGCAAAGCUUUGAUACUUUGCUGAGCAGCUAUGAACAAAAGCAGAACCAGGGCUUAUAUAUUAUUGGCCUGCUACAUUACAAGGCAAACAAAGGCAACAGCAAUACAAAGAAAAGGGAAAACACGGUGGAACCUGUGAGAUGUGGGCAGUGAAUAGAAAUAAUUUGGUUUACUGGGCCACAGGUUCCUGAAGAGUCUUAUCUCUGUCACCACUUGGGCAGUACAGCUUGUUGUGAAUGUUUUCUUCAAGGGCACUUUAAGCAAUUCAUAUGUGGGAGGGGCAUCUUAUAGGGUGACAUGUAGAGUACUAUAUGAGGAAAGGUGAUACCUAUUACUCAUUAAAGAUUGAUUCAUCGUACCUAUAAAAAUUUUACUUGGAAAUUUUAAAAUCUCCAAAUAAAUCUGGAGCACAUUAUGGAAAGUUAACAUUUGGAAGUAGCAGGCCCAGAUAAUAUCCCUGGGCAUGUUCUUAGGGAAUGUGCAGAUGAGUUGGCUUGUGUUCUUACAGAUAUUUUCAAUCUUUCAUUGCAGCAGGCAGUGGCCCCAUCGUGUUUUAAGACUACCAUUAUUUUGCCAGUGCCAAAAAAGUCUACAAUUACAGGUCUUAAUGUCCGGUUGCACUUACAUCCAUCAUUAUGAAAUAUUUUGAGAGGCUGAUAAAGGACAUUUUUGCAUCCAGCCUCCCUACAGCAUUUGACUCUCUUCAGCCUCGUCUUAAACGUAAAAUGUAGGAAAAAAUAAAGAGAUCAUUGUCGAUUUCAGAAAAGAUCCUGAAAACUGCCAAAUUCUGAGAUAAAGACUACAUGACACUACAACAUGAGCGAGAAUAAAUGUGACACACAGUUUUACAGUGUUCAAGUUGCAGAUUCAACAUUCACUGUACUAAAACGCUAUCAGCAAUUGAAACCUAUUGGCUCUGGGGCUCAAGGCAUUGUUUGUGCUGCAUUUGAUACUGUUCUUGGAAUAAAUGUUGCUGUAAAGAAACUGAGUCGUCCUUUCCAGAAUCAAACCCAUGCAAAGAGAGCUUACAGAGAACUAGUGCUGCUAAAGUGUGUAAAUCACAAAAAUAUAAUUAGUCUAUUAAAUGUAUUUACACCACAGAAGUCAUUAGAAGAAUUUCAAGAUGUGUAUUUGGUUAUGGAAUUGAUGGAUGCUAAUUUAUGCCAAGUUAUUCAUAUGGAGCUGGAUCAUGAAAGAAUGUCCUAUCUUUUAUACCAGAUGUUGUGUGGGAUCAAACAUCUUCAUUCAGCUGGUAUCAUCCACAGAGAUUUAAAACCCAGCAAUAUAGUAGUAAAAUCAGAUUGUACUCUCAAAAUCCUUGACUUUGGACUUGCAAGAACAGCAUGUACUAAUUUCAUGAUGACCCCAUAUGUAGUAACACGAUAUUAUAGAGCACCAGAAGUUAUUCUUGGCAUGGGAUACAAAGAGAAUGUUGAUAUCUGGUCAGUUGGUUGCAUCAUGGGAGAAUUGGUGAAAGGUUGUGUGAUAUUCCAAGGCACUGAUCAUAUUGAUCAAUGGAAUAAAGUUAUUGAACAAUUAGGCACACCAUCAGCAGAUUUCAUGAAAAAACUACAACCGACUGUACGGAAUUAUGUAGAAAACAGGCCAAAAUAUCCAGGUAUCAAAUUUGAAGAACUCUUCCCAGAUUGGAUAUUUCCAUCAGAGUCUGAUCGUGACAAACUAAAAACGAGUCAAGCUAGAGAUUUACUAUCAAAAAUGCUAGUAGUAGAUCCAGACAAACGAAUUUCAGUAGAUGAAGCUUUGCGACAUCCAUAUAUCACAGUUUGGUAUGACCCAGCUGAAGCGGAAGCACCACCUCCCCAAAUCUAUGAUGCACAAUUGGAAGAAAGAGAACAUGCCAUUGAAGAAUGGAAAGAGUUAAUAUAUAAGGAAGUAAUGGAUUGGGAAGAAAGAAAUAAGAAUGGUUUGGUAAAAGAACAGCCUUCAGAUGCAGCAGUGAAUAGCAAUACCAGCCCUUCUCAGUCAUCAUCAGUCAACGACAUUUCAUCCAUGUCAACAGAACAAACAUUGGCUUCAGACACGGACAGCAGCCUUGAUGCUUUGACAGGAACACUUGAAGGAUGUCGGUGAUCAGCUUUGAAGAUUAAGAUUAGCAAAGAAUCUUUGCUUCUGUUGGGCCUCUAUUGCUUGUAAGUUCAUGGAGCCAAAUAGAAAACUUCAUGUUCCGCAUGUUCCUCUAAAAUAAUGCCUGUGAUUUUACUCAGUUGCAGUAAAACUGUCUGCUUAAUAUUGUAGAGUGAAUGCAACUUUGUAUCUCAAGGCAAAUGAAAUAUAAAUAUUAAUAUAAUCUAUUCUGUUUUGAUCUAUAUCAGGUGAGCAGUUAAAAUAACAAGAUCAAACAAAUCCAUGGGCAUUCUCACAGAUUUUUUUAAAAACAUGUUUAUAAAACAAAUGUGUGUAUGUUUGAGAGGGGGAAGGAAGGAAGGAAGGUGUAAAUCUUGUUGAAUGUAUAUUCUGUUUCUUAACUAUUCAAUUGCAGUCAUAUGCCAUUCUUAAUAUAUCUUGCUGGUAUUCUCAAUACCGUAUAAUAUAGAUGCAAUUGUUUUUCUGUAUAGCACUCUUUUCUUGAGGCCUUUUUCUCUCCAUCACCAAAUAAUAUUGUACUCCUUCUCAUAGAAGAAGCAAAUUUGUGAAUUUUUGCUUCACAUUUUACAUCUAAAUGCGUUUUUGAAUGUAUUAUUUCAGUGCUUUUCUUUGAAGAGUAGGUGGGAUAAAUAAAGAUAAGUCUUAAUACUUAUCAGAGUUAGGGUUUGUUUUUAAAAUAGCAACGUUGGCACCUAUUUUUAAGAUGUGACUAAACACUUGUACGACCUGUCUCUCCAUUGCCUUUUCCUAGUAUUAACAUAGAGACUCUGAUGUUGACAUCAUGUUGGAGCUAACUUUGAGCCUCUUAAUAGAUAUACCUUUAGUUGCUUUUGAUAUGUUUUAAGGGACCACUACAUAGCUUAUCAUUACUUUCAAAAAUUCACAUAUGGGAAAAAUUGAAAUACAUUAUAAAAAGUGAAAGGAGUCAUUUUUAGAACUAAAACACAGAGGUAGGAAUUAGAGGUAAUCCUCGCUUAACAACACUAACUGGGACUGGGCUUUCCAUUGGUCAGCGAAGCAGUCAUUAGGCAAAACAUGACAUGGCUCCACCACUUCGUGACUGCAAUUCUGGUAGUCUUACUUGCAUGAGUUAGACAAGGACUUCAUGCUUCUCCUGUCCUUCCAUGCUCAUCUCUGCUUCAACUCCCCUCACCCACCUAUCUGGGUUCUUUUGGCUGCCUUGUGUUCCACCAGUGCCUCAUUACUCACAGCUGACUUCCACCAUCUUCUUUCUCCCCCUGCUGACAAGACAGCCUGCAGUCGUAAAUGUGGGUAGCUGCCAAACGCCUGAAUUUGGAUCACAUGAUGGCGGGGGUGCUGUAGCUUUGUGCUAUAAUUAUGAUUCGUUCAGUGACAGUGUAAUUUUGAAUGGUCAUUAUGUGAGGACUACUUAAAUAUUAUACUCAGUCUUGACUAUUUGCUUUGCUUCAAUUUCUUUCUAGCUCUGAACAUGAGCAAGGUUGAUUUAACAGGAAAAUAUUUAUGUGACUAUGUAGGUGGACUGGCAGAUGAGCAUUAAGUUUUAGAGAAGGUAUGGUGGAUGAAGCGAAGUUGUGAAUCAACUUUGUGGUACAGUUGUGAAUCAAGGUGGUACAGUUAUUGAAGAUUUCCAGGCUGGGGGAGGGGCAAUUCCCUUGGAAGAGAUUGGGAAAGGCAUAUUGUGUAUUACCGCCUUUUACUUCGGGCACCAGCACUUUACUAGCAGCACAAACAUAUGACUGGGAAUAAGUCCUAUUAAGUUUAAUAAGUGUGAUAUAGGAUCACAGCAUAAAUUCAUUGUUUUUAGAAAGAACAUUUUUUUAGCAAUAGGUUCUUCAAAACACACUAUCAGAAUGAGCCCCACACUCCUAAUUUCUCCAGAUAGAAUUUGCUAUCAGAUCUUUUGGCUAUAAGAUAUUCAUACAAUUUUAUCACUUGAUAAAAUUCAAUUACUAAGUUGCAACUGAACAUAUUAAUUGCUUUCCUUAAACAUUCUACUUGAGAUAUGAGAUCACAUGAAAUGCCUGUGAGAGCUUACAUGUAGCAAUUAACAGAAUGUUCAUAUUUAUUCUUAAAUGAAUAUAAAUAUACAUUUUAUGAUGUACAGACACACAAUCUAUUAUUUGCACUAGUAACAUAUUUCCAAAGACAAUAUUAAUGAGUAAAAUUAAAUGAAAUAUAUCUCAUUGCUAAUUAAAAUAAAUAUAGGAAACAAAAGAAAGACUGAAGUGAAAGAACAAAGAAAGGUGUUUAAUCAUAUCCAAUAAAGCUUAAUUUGUAAUGUUGUUAAGCGUUCCACCAAACUAUGUUGAAAUAACUCUAUAGCCCCUUUUUUUUUGCACAAAAUCCAUUCGAUUUACCUGCAUGAAAUUUGGAAAGAGCAUUUCUCACUGUAAAUGCUAUCUAUUUUGAAAUGUAAUAUUGUGUUCCAAAAUAAUCAGUUUUCCCCUGUAGUAGUGUUCAAUCACAUUUAGCGCAUUGUAAAAAGAUAGAUUGCUUUUGAUUUCAUCCCAUUCUGCCAAACAACCAUAAAGCCACAGUUAUAUUUUUCUUAGGCUAUGCUGGGGAGAUUAAACUCUGAAAUUCAGUUGGGAUCAAGAUCCCAGCUGGUACUGUAUUUAACCAAAAAGAAGGCAAGGAUAGGAGUUAGACAUAAAAGUAUAUUGAUUAAAGUAAUAACUACUAAUGAAAACUCAUUGCCUGUAAAAAUUAGGUCCCUCAUUCACAAUAUUAAUUGAUCUCCAUCUUCAUAUACCAACAUUCGCUGAUCCAUACAACCCACCCCCCAUCGCAUACAGAAUCAUUCAACUACACAGAUGUAUUUUCCCCCUUUUUUCCAGCAGAAGCCAGCAAUUGAACAAGAGGGAUAUAGAAUAAGAUGAAGGGAUGCCUGCAGUAAGAAUGGAAAGAAAGAGAAGGGGUGAGAGCAAAUUGGUUGGAGAUUGGGUGGUGGGUGGUGGGUGGUAGAUAGAGUUACUGGACAAAGAAGGAAACAAAAGAAAGGACAAGUCUUUGUGGCAGCCUCUGAGAUAUUGGAACACUGGUAUCAUGUCCCCCCUAGUCCUUCUUUUCAUUAAAUCAGACAUACCCAAUUAUGAAACAAUUCAGCUGUUUCUGAAUUCUGAAGGCAUUAUAAUAGCGAGUAUCUUGGCUAUAACUAAACAGAGAAUAAUUAUUGGCUAAAUCCUUAUUUGGAGAGAAUGUGCUAAAGAAAGGGUAAGGCGUAAAUGAGUUGAUUAUCAUCUAAUAGGGAACAAUGUUUGCUGUAAUUAUGUUAUAGCUUUUUUGUUUUAUGUAUCUGAGGAGACAGAAAAAUGUGGUUGCAUGUACAUGUACUGUAGUUGCACUGGGACAACCAGUUAAGUGCGCUGCAUACAUAAAGAGGGAUAGGUAGAGGUAACUUUUAUAGCAGCCAUAAAACAUUAAUGCUAUAGUUCAGCUAUUUCUUUCAUGCUUUGCAAAAUCCAUGACAUAAAAUUAAUAAUAGUAAAUAUCACUGCCCGUUAAUGACACACACACAUAAACACAAUUUAAGUGAUAGAAAUAUUUAACCACACUUGCCUAGAUUUUUUCUUCUACAUUGCUCCAUACAAUUUUAUAACAGAUUAUAAACUGUUUGGAGGACAUGGUAAAUGAAGGUAGAUUCAAACUUUUCUGCCACUCUAGAUAAUGUUCUUGUUGUAAAUCAGUUGAUAAUGUUCUUUUGAGCAAUGGGUAUGGCAUUAAUUCAUUAAGAAAGGCAUGGACAACUCCAGGUAUGAGAGGGAAGGAACAAUGAAUUAAACAUUAUGAUUCAAUGGCCAUUUUCCAUAUCUUAACUAAUGUUUGACUAGCAUUAUAUCAUCACCAGGCUAAGUAUGACUCUUCUAACAUUUAUUCAUUGAGUUGAAGAUAAAACUAGUCAAUAUUUUAAGUAUAAGGACAGAGUUCUAAGCCUGAAGCAUACAUUUGCACAACUGAUUUUCUUUCUAUAAAAGAAUGUAAGUAGGAUGUAACAUGGAAAGUUUUCCAUGUUUUGUUUAUAAGUUUGAUGGUGAAUCCUACAUUUCAGUAGAGUCAUUUCUUACUAAUUUAGAUCAAAUAGUAUAUAAUUACUAAAUACUUUCAAUCACCUGUAGUUUGAUGUGUUCAAAUCAGUUCAGUGUCACUUUUCCAAAAGCUAAGUGUGUAUUUGUAAAUGUCCAAGUCUUUCUGUAAAAAUCCUGUCACGAACCUGUCUACUAUAGCAUGCUCUGACAUUACUGUGAAAUGUUUUAAUAGGCAUAAUGUGUGUACUUCCUGUACUUAACUGCUCACCUGAAAAAAAGGAGAAUGAAGCAAAUUGGCUAGUAAAUGUUCAAUUUCUGUCCUCUACAUAUUAUUUUAAAUAUACUGAGUAGCUGAAUGGCAUUGCAGAGAUAGAAUGGUUUUCCAAGUUAUUUUUGUAUGUGCCCCUUUCUUUGUUCAGAACAUUAGAGUCUGGAUUGUUUGGAAAGUGCUUUAAGGAAAUGAGUUUACACAAACUUGCAUAUUUAUGAUGAAAAUUAUAUGAAGAGAAGCAUGUGUCUGUGCAGAUCAUUUUCUUUUUAAAAGCCAAGAGGUACAUUUCAUGAUGCAGCAACAAAGGAAGCAAAAAGUGUGUCUUACUAGGAAAAUGGAUGAAAUGGCUUUUUGUUAAUACUGCAGCACAGUUUAAAAGUGAAGGCAAAGUCAGUAGUGCUUCCUGCUGCUUCCAAUAAUGGGUGCCAAAGGCUUAAAGAAAGUUGAAUAAUGCUGUUUUAGUUUAGAUUAAGUUGUCAGAAAUUUAGACUACAUUAAUUAAAUGUAAUUAUAAGGGAAUAUUUAUGCAUCCAAAUGUUUACUUUUCAGAUGACUUCAGUGUCUGUUUACAUUAUGGUUCAGAGUUGGUUUAAAGACCCUAACACCUGCACCUUCAUUGAUCCAUUCUAUCUAAAACCUUUUCUGCAAAACGGUAUGCUGAAGUCUUUUGUUGCUGUUACAUCAUGUUUACAUGAUUUUUUUUAUUAAAAAAAACAUAAAUUUAGAGAGAAGGGCUUAGAUCAUAUUUCUAAUUUAGGCCUGGAUGUGCCCAGUGUGCCUUGACUCUCUUUUUCCUUUGAAUGGCAGAUCACAGGUCAUAUCACAAAUAUGUUUUUGAAACUCUGUUAGCUUCACAAGAUGCUUGUCAACUGCUGGACUUGGGAAAUUAUUUUGAAAGCUCCUUUGAUGUAUGGAAUUAAGUAUAAAGUUUGUUGGAUUAAGACUAAAGUAAUAGGAUAUAAUAGUAUUGAUCUGUAUCUUUGGGCCAUUAUGUAGCACUCUAUGAAUUAGGGAAAAAUUCAUGUGUGCAGUCUACAAAUUUGUGCUAGGAUAUACUGCAAGUUGCCAAGUUAAUGAUGUCUGAAUCCCAGAGAUUCUGAGUUCCAAAACGGAAUUGGUGACCCUUUUAGUUUGAGAAUUACUUGCUGGAUAAAUUCCUAAAAUGGCAAAAUACUUUUUUUUCCCCAAGUGCAGAUACAGUUUGCAGUAAUGAGAUCUAUGUAUAAUAGUUGAACUGCAAAAUCCAGAAGUAAAGAAAUGUAUACUAAGAACCUUGAUUAAAUUUUAUGAAUCUAAAAUCAAUAGUGCCUGUAAAGCUGGUUGAAGUUGUGAUGUAUAAAACUAAUCAGGGCAUAUAAAUUUAGUAAUUCUGUUGGAGCGGAAUUUCUUCCUGGUGAUGAAUGUAUUUGUAGAACUUAAUUGAAGCUCAUGUAUGUUUCACAGAUUCCCAGGUCUAGUACUUGAGCCCCAAGUUAAUUUCUCUCAGAAGACUCCCUGAUUUUUUAUGUCUUUCUUCCAUCAUGUAUACUUCUGAGAUCAUAUUUUAUAUGUUGGGACAUGCAAAUUUGCCAAAUAUUUAAAUAAUUUGCUUAGAAUCUUUUUUAAUGCCAUUAUGUAACAAAUCUCAUGAUAUAUGCAUUGUGCAUGAUAAGAACUUUGUAUUGAAGAAUUGCAAGCCAUCUACUCCUUAUAUGUACAAAAAACCAUUCUCAUUUUUGAAUUAUAAAAUUAUAUUUUAUUUUUAUAAUUGUAAUUCUGAUUGUGAAUUUCACUGCCACUAACUCAUUGUGGAUAUUGUAGAUAAGCUUGGGUCCUAUAUUUCAAUACUUACACAAUUUAAAAAAAAAUAAAGUAAUGCCUUGGAAGUAGUAACAUUUAAUUAAACCCCAAGUUUAAUUGGUUCUUAAAUUAAGAAAUGAAUUCUUCUAAAAGCCAAGAAAUAAAUGUUUAAAAUGA